AUGAUCCUUCGGUCACCCUGCUGGCUUUCGCUCGCCCUCGCCUUCACGGUCUUGCUGCUGCAGUACGGUCUGGUAAAAGGAGACGCAGACAUUGAAAGUGUAAGGAUACAUCAUGGUUACGAAGAUAUGAGUGGGAGAGGUGGAGACCCCAAGGCGAAGUAUUGGCAUGAGUCGGUCUUCCAUCCACACUACGAUGGCCGCUUCACCGACCACACCCUCCCUUACGAGGAACAAAAAGCAAACCUGUCCCUCCUCAUGCAAUCAUACCUCUCGUCGAUGUCAGAUAUAGGCGCAGAAACAUGGAUCAUACACGGCACGCUCUUAGGCUGGUGGUGGAACCAAAAAGUAUGCUCCCCAAAUCACAUCGCGAUAUCUUCUCCUGACAGUACCACUCAGAUCAUGCCCUGGGACUCCGACAUCGAUGUGCAAAUGACCAAUACCACAGUCCAUAUGCUCGCCAGCUACUACAACAUGACUAUCCAUACUUUCGAUAUUGGUGAUGAUGAGAAGAGGGAUUAUAUGUUAGAGGUCAACCCAAAGUAUACAGACCCGUCAUAUGAUGACACUCUCAACGUGAUCGAUGCAAGAUGGAUAGACGUCGAGACGGGCCUAUUCAUCGACAUAACGGCCGUCCGGCCACACCAGAGCAAAAAGGGAAUCAUAUGCUCCAAAGACCAGCACGAAGAAAAAGUUCAAGACCUCUUCCCUCUCCGCGACUCCCUCUUCGAAGGCCAAGCUGUCAAAAUCCCCUAUAACUACGCUCGCCUGCUCACGCAAGAAUACGGCAAUGCUGCCCUCACAAAGGCCGAAUACUCGGACCACCGCUUCAACUCUACCAGCAUGGAGUGGGAGAAAUUCAUGACCCAAGCUGACGAGGAUGGAGACGGGGUGAAGUAUCCGGAUGGGAGUGUGGAGGAGGAGGAUGGGGAUGAGGAAGAAGCUUGA